CACCCUCCUCGUGAUCAUCCCGCGCAUGUUGGAGUAAUCGAGGAGUUUGACAGCCUCAGUCUCCGGUGGUGGUGACUGUUUACGCACAAGCGGGCAGCCACCUCUGUGCGCCCUAAGGAGAAGCGGCCACCAUGCUCUUCACCUCGGAGAGCUCCUGCAACUUCACGGGCAGAAAUUGCACCGAAGGAAUCAACGUAACGCAGCGACUGGAGACCGGCGCCGGAGCAGUGGCUGCCGGGAACAUCAGCGGGGAGAAAAACGCCACCGACCCGUUCGGACGGAACGAAGAGGUGGCCAAGAUCGAGAUCACCGUCCUGAGCCUCGCGUUUCUCGCGGCCGUUGUGGGGAACCUGAGCGUGCUGCUGGCCAUGUACAGGACCCGGCGGAAACCGUCGCGCAUGCACCUGUUCAUGAAGCACCUGAGCCUGGCGGACCUGGUGGUGGCCUUCUUCCAGGUGCUGCCGCAGCUCUGCUGGGAGAUCACCUUCCGCUUCUACGGGCCGGACUUUCUGUGCCGCAUCGUGAAGCACCUGCAGGUGCUGGGCAUGUUCGCCUCCACCUACAUGAUGGUGAUGAUGACCCUGGACCGCUACAUCGCCAUCUGCCACCCGCUGCAGACGAUCCAGCAGCCAACGCAGCGCGCGUACAUCAUGAUCGGCUCCACCUGGGCGUGCAGCCUGGUCCUCAGCACCCCGCAGUACUUCAUCUUCUCCCUGAGCGAGGUGCACCCGGGCUCGGCCGUCUACGACUGCUGGGGACACUUUAUGGAACCGUGGGGGCUGCGCGCGUACAUCACCUGGUUCACUGCAGGGAUCUUCCUCGUGCCUGUGGUCGUGCUCGUGCUCUGCUACGGAUUCAUCUGCCGCACAAUCUGGAUGAACCUCAAAUACAAGACCCGGAGGAAGAGCGCGGGCGCGGUGGCAGAGGCCACCAAGAACGGGAUCCUGGGCAGGAACUCGGUCAGCAGCGUCAGCACCAUCUCUCGCGCCAAAUUACGCACGGUGAAGAUGACUUUCGUGAUCGUGGUGGCAUACGUGGUGUGCUGGGCGCCUUUCUUCAUCGUGCAGAUGUGGUCAGUGUGGGACGAGACCUUCUCCUGGGACGACUCUGAGAACACCGCCGUGACUCUCUCCGCCCUGCUCGCCAGCCUCAACAGCUGCUGCAACCCCUGGAUUUACAUGAUCUUCAGCGGUCACCUCCUCUCAGACUUCGCCGGCAGCCUGCCGUGCUGCCGCCGGCUGAGGAACAAGUUCAGCCACCAGGACUCGGACAGCAGCAUCCGCCGGACCACGCUGCUGUCCCGCCUGCAGGGUCCACGCCUCUCAGAGCCGUUCAGAGACCUCAAUCCCGUCCCUAAAAACUGCUCGCAGAUCCCGUCUGCGUCCUGACGACCGGAGACACCAUCUACGAUAUGUGUGUGUCUGCUGAGCUAAGGCAACGCAGAAAACAUGAACUGGUUUAAUCUGCUGGUUUGCAGCAGUGAGAGGAGGUAUGAUCUCAUCUGAGGGUGUGGUCACACCUACAGUUUGUUCUCUUUGGUCUUGAUCCAGAGUGGAGAAGUUUACUCAGUGAACGUACUCGACAUUGGUUUGAAAAAGAGUUUUACUAACUCCUUUCAGUCUGCCAGGUUGAAGCUUUUGGGGUUUAAAACCAAAUCCAGUCACUUUAACUUCAGCUGUUUGCAUGAUUGGUCUUGUCUGUGCCCUUUGCUGUGAUUAAGUGUCAAACGUAUGAAAUGUGGCUGUAUACGAGCAUCUGUCCACGCUGAGAUUCAUUAUGUGGCGCAUGAGGAAACUGCUGGCUGUCAUAUGUCAACAUACAUGUUUUUAAGGGGUUGUUUCCUGUAGAUAUUGAGAUUACAGUCUGACUCCUAAUGACCUCUACUAGAGGAGGAAAUAGACCAUCAGCUGUUUGAAUGGAGGUGCUCUCCAAACCGGAACUAUAGGAGUAAAUAAACUCUUUACACUGAGAAUAAACUGCCAUAUUUGGUUUGAAUGCAAACCAAAUCUUAUAUUGGUGUAUAAACUGCAGUAAGUAUGCACGUGGCUGAACAUGCUUCACAUUUAAUGCACAAUUCUGUAUAUUUUCCUGGAGAUUUGGUAUGAUUUUUAAAUGCCUGAGGUGAGUUUACAAGCUUAUUGUUUAAGAGAUUUAAAGGAUAAUACUGGUGUUAAUCUGCGAUUCCCAUGAAAAGACCAAAACUAACAAUGUGUACAUCCUUCCAUCUGUUCAUGCUAAAAACAUAAAUCUUUAAAGCAACAUUAUGUAACUAUUUUACCUUGAAAUAACAGCUUCAGAAUCAUGAGAAUGGAGCCUCUGUCAUUCCCACUCUGCUCUCUGAACACCUGCUCCUGCUCUGUGUAACUGUGGUGAGCAGGUGUGAUCUCCCUCUAACUGAGUGACAGUCAGCAGCUUAAACUGCUGGAAUCAGGUCCAGAAAGUUCAAGAGUAAUGCUGAACUGUAGAUCAGUUAAAAAGACUCUGAAGUCAUUAAAAACCAGCUUUCAUCUCUGAUAUCCAGCCAGGAAACUCUGAAAAUAUCAAGAAUUAUACACAGAGUUUGGUGUGUUUGUUACAGAGACAUCACUUCCUGCUCCAGGAGCCGGGGAUCAUGCGUAAUAUACACCGUUCGGUCAUGUUUCAGUUCAGAGAGUGGGAAUACACAGUUAGGAGCUUCAGUCAACAGAUUGAUAAGCUUUGUUUUCUGUACCUGAACUCCACUCAGACUCCAACAGGAUUAAUUACCACUCCUGGCUGCAGGGGGCGCUGCUGCAACAAGUUACAUGUUGUGUUGCUUUAAAAUCACCUCACACAUACAGUAUGUAGUUCUUUUUGGUCUGGCUGGCCAGGGUCUCAGUAACAUAUGUCAAGCUCAUUUGCAGUAUUUCUCACACCACACACACACACACACACACACAUGCACAUAAAUGUAUUACUCUCCACUCCUGAAAGGUACUGGGGCUACAAAUGUUUUUGUAUUAUUUUUGUUAUCAAUAAAUCUGCCACUUAUUUUCACAGUCAUUGAUUAAUUGUUUCAUGUAAAUAAAUGAAUAAAUAGAGAAAAAAAAUCAUCAUUCACCAUCAGUCACUUUGGCUUUUAAAUGGCAGAGACUGAUAAAGAGAACAAAUAUGUUCAAUAUACACUAUGUUAAUGAUAAUUAAAACUGCACUUUGUUUAAUUAAAAACAGUAUUAACCCUGUGAAUCUAUAACAGGGGUCUAUAACAGCUCAGCUUCAUUCUCAGAUGUGUUGUUGUUGUAAAGAUGUUUCAUUAAUGUAAUGUAUUUUGUCAUCUGUAUAUUAUUCUAAUAUAUACAUAUAUAUAUUGCACAUGUUGUUAAGAAAGAUAAAUGUCAUUCCUUGUAUCCUCA